AUUAUUCCACAAUGUUUCCAGAUCUGGUACGAGCUGGAGAGGAUCAGCGGCGGACAGGGUUCCCGUCUUCAGGAAUACCGGAAGCGAUUGUGCGACUUCCUCACCGCUGUGCAGAUGCACACUGAGUGCGAAGAUGAUGACAAGGUGGAUUCGCUACUGGAAUAUCUCCUGGUGGACCCAGAGGAGAUAUUCGGGUCCGCUGGCAGCCAAACGAUGCCGCACUUCGAGGAGAGCCCGAAUGGUUCUCUGACACUGGUUGUCGAGGGCCAGCGGGUGGUCGAGGACGUGGAAAUGACGCGCAGCGAUGCCCUUCUGCUGUGGGCGGCGUCCUUCCCAGUGUAUAACCAAAAGCCGCCCACAAAAACCGCAAAAAAUGCACUCGCAUUCCUGUCUGAGCAGGUUUUUGAGAAGGCCCGGGGCAGCGUGGUGGUUGGAAACCGCGCCCUGAAGCGUAUUCAGCAGAUCAAACAACUGACUGAAUAAGCCCCUCACACACACACACA